AUGAGAGAAUGCUACUCUCUUCAGCGGAUUGUUGAACGGGAAAGAGAGUAUAUUCUUCCCUCAUUGAAGGCAACUGCCAGUAUCUCGCCGUGCAAUGGUCAAACACCGGAUCAAACUCUCGCUGCUUUAGAUGCUAUGAUAUCUAGGAUGCAAGGCUUGAAGCGGAAAAUGGAGAACUUGCAUCAGGAAGAGAGAAAGAUCCAUGACCAGUCAAGAAAGCGUAUAGAGCACCUGGAAAACCUUCACCAGAUACAUAGUUUGGCAGAUGUCAAGUAUGAUCAGUGGUCGAGGGUCCGAUUAGAUAGACUUGUGACAGACUAUAUGCUGCGAUCGGGAUAUACGGAAAGCGCCCGGCAAUUGGCCCAUGAGAAGGAUAUCGAGGAUCUCGCAGAUCUCAAUGUUUUCAUCCAGUGUCAGCGGGUUGCUGAAAGCUUGCGUCGUGGAGAAUCUAAGGAUGCUUUGCAAUGGUGCAGUGAAAACAAAGCAGCGCUAAAGAAGAGCCAGGUUUGUGUCCAGUCAACAGAAAUUCAUCGGGCGGCAGGCCUUUUAGCUUUCCCCCGGGACACGAUGGCCGAGCCAUAUAAGGUACUAUUUCAUAUCUACCUAGAUCAGUUUCUUCAUUUAUUUUAA